AUGUCUAUUCUGCCGUAUCAGCUUGAACCUGAAUAUUAUUCCAGUGAGGAAGGAGAGGAAGAACAGAUUGAUUCUGGGGAGGAAGAAGCUUUGUUAGAUUCGUCGAGAGUUGAAAGUCGCCGAACGGACCUGUCUUGGUGUGAAUGUGAGAGAUGUGGUGUGAUGCUAAGUGAAGUUGAAUGUGUCCGCUGCAAAGAACUUCCUUUUUUGUCACAACUGGUGGAAGGCUUGACAUGUAUCAAUGAAAGCUUUCGAGCAGUUUGUUUAAACGAGGAUGUGUUGUGGACAGCACUAGCAAGUCUGUACGACAGGGAAAGUACUGGUCUUCCAGACAGACAACAAGUGCCCAACAGUCAUUUCGUUAUGCAGCUUAUCGGUAGUUUUUCUGGUGGGCUCAUGGGUACCUUGGCAAGAAAAUUCGACGUGUCAUCCCCUCGUGUGCAGUAA